GCUUAUUGACAAGGGUGGGUAGGUGGGGUUAUUGAGGGGUGGAGCAAAGAAGAAAGGAAAAGGAAGAAGGGCAAGUGGUUCAUGGAGAGUGGCGGGGAGGGACCUCGAAACUCUUACGAUCUGCGAUUUACUGUGUUAGGAGUGAUGAGGUCCAGCAAGAGCAAAGAAUGGGCCAACGUUCAGUUUUUGAUGCAUGAAAUGAGUGAUCUGUGUGUUUGCAUGCUCUCGGCAUGGGUUCAGAGUGGGCGGCGCUUGUUUUGGAAAAGCUGACGUCACUUAUUGUCACAAACCAAUCAGGAUUUAGCAAUAUCUGAGUAAAAACCUGAUAGCAGUUGUUGGGUUGUUUGCUAAGAAAACAUUCCUAAGGAUUGUUUUCUCGUUUAAACUUUAAUCUCUGCUCAUUUAGCCGUACAUACUUAAUAGUACUGAGGAAAAACUCUUGUUAUAUGUUGAAAUUUUACAUUUCUUUAUGUUGAAACUUUUUGUUACUUUAGCUUAAAUUAGAUAUUUUGUGACAACGCUGUGCAGUCGGUCUGGUUGAGUUAAUGCACAAAAACCACUUGGUUAGGGUUUGGAAAUGAUUACGUUUUGGCCUACCCAUCUUGGCCGGCACAAACAUGGCCUCAAAAUUGUCCCGACGUCGCUUUUAAAGAUAUCCAGUGGUGUGACACUUACACAUGUUGAAACACAAUCUCUGUCUCUGUAGCUUUCUUCCCUUUAACUCCACCACAUACAGUACCUCAGAAUAUGACCGUAAAGUCAUAAACAUUUGAUACAACUGUGAUAUGUGACAUUGUUUUGCAGAGAUUUUGACUGCAAAUAUUUUAUACUGCAGAUUUGGCCACACCUGUCACUGUUGUACCCACUGGAUUAACUGCAGUGUUUUUCCAGUCAAAUCAAUGAGAUAACUAACAUUUUGUCAAAAGAGUUUAUAAGCUAAUAUAACAUGUAUUGUAUUUAUUAGAUUAAAUACACGUUUAUCUCUGAAAAACAAAUGUCAUUGGACACUCGACUGAUUCGUCCUCACUUUGAGACACAUUUUCGUCGAUCAAGGUCAUGAAAUGUUGUUUUUGGGGUUGAGAUUAUAAUUUCAAUAUGAUUUAGAAAUUAAGGGGGGGGGGGACAUCACAUCUCCAAAGAGACCAGUUAUGCAGAGUUUAUAUGGAAAAAUGACUCCUUGGAAUAUGAAAAAGUUCCGUCUAAUGCAGAAUUGAUAAAACCCAAGGCUCUAACACAUCAACUCAUAUCAUGCAACUGCCCUGCAUGUACAGAUUUGCAGUCACACAGAAAGAAAAAAGUCGUCAUGGAAAAUGCUUAAAUCAGGUGAAAAGAUGUGCAAUGAUGGGAGAGAGAGGAGGAGGAACAGAUGAAGCUUGGCUGAGGAGGGAGGAGAGUGACGGGGAUGUGUAUGUGUGUGUGUGUGUGGUAGUGGAGGGAUGGAGGGGGGGUGUUGUUGAUUGUUUCUCAUACAAGAGUGGUAUCGCAGACAGAUCUCCAUACCAGACCACAGGGUACUCUGGGCUCUGUGUGUCUGUCACUGGAGCUGAAGACAGUGGGAGGGCUUUCUACAACUCCAUAGAUUUGCAAGGUCCUGUCAUCUUUCUCAGUCUUUACCUUAUCUUUUCUCUAAACAUUUUUUUGUUGUUGUUUUUGCUUAAAUCUGAGUUCAACUUAUCAAGGACGUUCUGUGUCAGUAUGGUCAGCUUCAGUUUGCGGCACACCGAAGAACAUCAGCACAACUGGAAUUAUAUCGUCUGAACUGACAGCUGGAGGAGCUUUUUUUUCAAAGUGCAAAGUUUUUAUCAACUAGAUCUGCUGUGCAACAUGUUGUGCUGAGACGAGACUGUUCAGCUUCCCUCCCCGACGACCCCUGGCAUUUCGCUCCCAAAGGCUGUGCGACCCUCCAUGCUAACGGAGACAGUCCCCGUCGGCCUGAUGUCCUCAGUUGUGGCGCCAGAAAAACCCACCUCCAACACCAUGGGCCCUAAAGAGGUGGAGCUCAUCCUGGUGAAGGAGCAGAAUGGGGUUCAGUUCACUUCCACCACCUUAGUUGCUCCAACCCCCACCCAGACCCACCCCAGUGGGGAGGAGGAGAGGGAGACCUGGGGGAAGAAAAUCGACUUCCUCCUGUCCGUGAUUGGGUUCGCCGUUGACCUCGCUAAUGUCUGGAGAUUCCCCUACCUGUGCUAUAAGAACGGGGGAGGUGCAUUCCUCGUCCCAUACCUGUUCUUCAUGGUGAUAGCAGGCAUGCCUCUUUUCUACAUGGAGCUGGCUUUGGGACAGUACAAUAGAGAAGGGGCAGCAGGGGUCUGGAAGAUCUGUCCCAUCUUUAAAGGUGUCGGCUUUACAGUGAUCCUCAUUUCCCUCUACGUUGGCUUCUACUAUAAUGUCAUCAUCUCCUGGGCGCUGUUCUACCUCUUCUCCUCGUUCACCAGCGAGCUACCGUGGGUCCACUGCAACAACACCUGGAACAGUCCUAACUGCUCCGACUGGGCUGACAACAGCUCAGUCGGCGACAUUUACAAGGCCACCCCUGCUCAGGAGUACUUCGAACGAGGGGUGCUUCACAUCCAGGACAGUAACGGUAUUGAUGAUCUGGGCCGCCCACGUUGGCAGCUGACAUCCUGUCUAGGUGUAGUGAUUGUUCUGCUCUACUUCAGUCUGUGGAAAGGAGUCAAGACCUCUGGCAAGGUUGUGUGGAUCACAGCCACGAUGCCCUAUGUGGUCUUGACUGUGCUGCUGCUCCGAGGAGUCACUCUGCCCGGAGCCAUUGAUGGCAUUAAGGCCUACCUCUCCGUGGACUUCCUGAGACUCUGUGACGCCAAGGUCUGGAUCGAGGCAGCGACACAAAUCUGUUUCUCUCUGGGCGUGGGGUUUGGUGUGCUAAUCGCAUUUUCCAGCUACAACAAAUUCAGCAACAACUGCUACAGAGAUGCCAUCAUCACCAGCUCCAUCAAUUCUUUGACCAGUUUCUUCUCCGGCUUCGUGGUCUUCUCCUUCCUCGGGUACAUGUCCCACAAGCACAACGUCGCCUUGGACAAAGUUGCCAGAGACGGUGCCGGUUUGGUGUUUGUUAUUUACCCAGAAGCCAUUGCAACAUUACCUGGAUCAUCGGUGUGGGCGGUUAUCUUCUUCAUCAUGCUGUUGACACUGGGCAUUGACAGUGCUAUGGGCGGGAUGGAGUCGGUGAUCACGGGGCUGAUCGAUGAGUUCAAAUUCCUCCACAAGCACAGAGAGCUGUUCACCCUCUUCAUCGUUGUUUCGACCUUCCUCAUAUCCCUCUUCUGUGUCACGAAUGGUGGGAUGUAUGUGUUCACCCUGCUCGACCACUUUGCAGCAGGAACAUCGAUAUUGUUUGGAGUGCUUAUUGAAGCCAUCGGCAUCGCAUGGUUCUAUGGAGUGGACCGAUUCAGUGAUGACAUUGAGGAGAUGAUUGGCCAGCGACCAGGAAUGUACUGGAGGCUGUGCUGGAAGUUUGUCAGCCCCUGCUUCCUCCUGUUUAUGGUGUGUGUGAGCUUCGCCACAUUUAACCCACCGAACUACGGCUCCUACACGUUUCCUCCAUGGGCUAACAUGGUUGGAUGGUGUCUAGCCAUGUCCUCGAUGACCAUGGUGCCUCUGUACGCCAUCUACAAGCUCUGCACGCUGCCUGGAAAGUUCUGCGACAGACUGGCUUAUGCCAUCACCCCUGAAACAGAGCAUCAUUUGGUGGAUAAUGGGGAGGUCCGGCAGUUCACACUGCAUCACUGGAUGGUUGUCUGAGUGAGAGCGAGAAAGAGAGUGAGAGUACGGACAUCGGGUGGAUGAAUGGAUGCACAGCAAAGGUCUGAGGAGCUGAGGAGAAGAACGAAAUAGCCAUUUCAACUGAUCACAGUGGUGGGUGGUGGUGGUGGGAGCAGUUUAAAAGUGCCGACAAAAAAAAAAAAACAUAGAAAUUAUAGUGUUUUCUGAUGUCAACAGUGGAUGUUUGAAGCUGUGCCAUCUCCACCUAUAUGUUCACACUAGUGAAUGGGAUUCAGUCAAACAGGUGACGUUAUGUUCGGGCUGCUUCUUCCCCUAAAUAUAAACUCUUAUUAAAGUAACACCAUGUGUGAGCUUGUCAGUCUUACUUUGCACUUGAGAAAUACUCUACACAUAGACCAUAUUCACACAGCAGCCAUUUUCCUCUGAUGUCUUGCUCAGGGUGGGAUGCUCAGAUGUAAUGGAAAAUGGUUUAUUACCACUUUACAUUGUGUCCAGUGCAUAGCGAUAUGUAAUAAAAGAGUAAAACUCA